GCAGUCUCUGCUUGUCAAAAGGCUGCUGCCGAGCCCUAAGCACCCGGAGCGCCGAGCCGUGUGUCCACAGCCAGACCAGAGUUCUUUUGGUCGGACGGAUCUGUGAGACUUCCCAGGAGACCACCCUUGGGCUCCGCUGGCCCCUGCUCCUUCAGGGAUGGAGGCAAUGGCACCCAGCACUUCCCUGCCUGACCCUGGUGACUUUGACCGGAAUGUGCCUCGGAUUUGUGGAGUAUGUGGAGACCGAGCCACGGGCUUCCACUUCAAUGCGAUGACCUGUGAAGGCUGCAAAGGUUUCUUCAGGCGGAGCAUGAAGCGCAAGGCCCUGUUCACCUGUCCCUUCAAUGGGGAUUGCCGCAUCACCAAGGACAACCGACGACACUGCCAGGCCUGCCGGCUCAAACGCUGUGUGGACAUCGGCAUGAUGAAGGAGUUCAUCCUAACAGACGAGGAGGUGCAGCGUAAGAGGGAGAUGAUCAUGAAGAGAAAGGAAGAAGAGGCUUUGAAGGACAGCCUGAGGCCCAAGCUGUCUGAGGAGCAGCAGCACAUCAUCGCCAUCCUGCUGGAUGCCCACCACAAGACCUACGACCCCACCUAUGCCGACUUCAGGGGCUUCCGGCCCCCGAUUCGUGCGGACAGAAGUACCGGGAGCUAUUCUCCAAGGCCCACAUUCAGCUUCUCCGGGGACUCCACCUCCUCCAGCUCCGAUCUGUACUCACUGGACAUGAUGGAAUCGGCCAGCUUUUCCAACCUGGAUCUGAAUGAAGAGGAUUCUGAGGACCCGUCUGUGACCCUGGACCUGUCUCAGCUCUCUAUGCUGCCCCACCUAGCCGACCUUGUCAGUUACAGCAUCCAGAAGGUCAUUGGCUUUGCCAAGAUGAUCCCUGGAUUCAGGGAUCUCACCUCCGAUGACCAGAUUGUCCUGCUUAAGUCAAGUGCCAUUGAGGUGAUCAUGUUGCGAUCCAACCAGUCUUUCACCAUGGAUGACAUGUCCUGGGACUGUGGCAGCCAAGACUACAAGUAUGACGUCACUGAUGUCUCCAAAGCCGGGCACACUCUGGAGCUGAUUGAGCCCCUCAUAAAGUUCCAGGUGGGACUGAAGAAGCUGAACUUGCACGAGGAAGAACAUGUCCUCCUCAUGGCCAUCUGCAUUGUGUCCCCAGACCGACCUGGGGUACAGGAUGCCAAGCUGGUUGAAGCCAUUCAGGACCGCCUAUCCAACACGCUGCAGACUUAUAUCCGCUGCCGCCACCCACCCCCAGGCAGCCACCAGCUCUACGCGAAGAUGAUCCAGAAGCUGGCUGACCUGCGAAGCCUCAAUGAGGAACACUCCAAACAGUACCGGUCCCUCUCCUUCCAGCCAGAGAGUAGCAUGAAGCUCACACCCCUCGUGCUGGAGGUGUUUGGCAAUGAGAUCUCCUGACCAGGGUGGCCUGCAGUGGUGCCUGGGUAGGGCUGCUCCUCCGGGACCCUGUGCCCAGGCCCUGGGCUGGUUGCAGCCCAGCAGUGCCUCCUGCCCCUUCUGGAGUUCAGUCCUUCCUCUGCCGUGGCCCAUGUCUGUCUGGCUCAUCCUUUCUCUUGCCCAGCCUCACACCUGGUCUCCCUUUCCUGUAGACUGCAGGUUGCCCCUGUCCCUUGAGACCUCAGUUAAGAGAUGCUUCUGUUUAUUUGACAAAGAAACUCAAGUGGGGGUAGAGGGCAGAGGCUGAAGGCAGAGCUCUGCCUAGAUAGAGCUAAGUAGAGAUGCCUCCACCAAAAGGGGGCGCUGCUUGAGUCAAGGGAGGCAGGCAGAGGAGAUGGGUCCAUUUCUCAGGGACAGGUACCUGUACCUCCCUCUACUCCAGCCCUACCUGCCCAGAGCCUGGUGAGAAAUCCUGCCCCUGCCUACAAAGGGUACACAACCAACUCAUCAUCCCUACUGUGUCCCGCCUGGCUCAUCCUGCCACCUGUCUGUGUUAUUCUGACCAAGGAGUCUGUCCUGCGGGGCCUCCUUCCUCUGCCUUUAUACUCAUGGACUCAUUCACUGCCAAGAUGACCGAAAACACUACCACACUAACCAAGGAGCACUCACUGGCCCUGCAGUUCCCACCUUUGAGGUUUUGCCAGGGUAAUCCCCCAAAGCCAGUACCUCUGGUGCGGUGGGCUUCUUCCCCAUCCCCAGAACCAGGGACCUAGAAACCACCAUUGGAAAGGCCCCAGGGGGUGGGAUACAGGGCCCGAGUAAUGAAGAACAGGCAAAGCAGCGGACACCGAGCGGAGGUCCAUCUAUCUUCAUCAUCAAGCUGAGGGUUCUGAAGCCUGCAGCUAGCUAUUGGGGCCUCUUCUCUUCUAUUAGAUGUGUCAGGACCCAGUUGUCCCCAGCUUUCAGAAAGUCCCUAGCCCUGUCUUCAUCCCUUACCUUGCCAGUGCCUUACCACCUAGCCAGGAAAGCAGGUCCUUUGACCUCCCAGGGUCUCACAGUUUGAUCACCAAGAGUAUUCCAGAAGUCAUCUCGGCUUCUCCGUCACCCCCACACGGAGCAGCAGUGUCCCAUCCCCCGCCCCACUUCCUUUUCCACCCAAUAGAAUGGAGUGGAGGGAGGCCAACAGCUGCCCAAAUGGGCCUCCAAGCCUGCUUUUCAGAGGCAAAGCCAGAUCUGAGCGCUCCCACCUCAAGGGAAAGGUGGAGGCAGGGUCAGAACUUGUGGUACAGUGACAUAGGGCCAGUUUCUCCUGACUCUCACUCUACCACUCAAAAGUCAAUGUAGACUUAUGAAAUGGUCCAUUGACAGGCUAGGGACAUAUCUUCAAAUUCCAUUUCUUCCUCUGUAGCAGCCCAGGACUUUGGAACCCUGGCCUCAUUCACCCCAAAUACACGCCUGGCUGAUCACGGGUUGUGGGGCAUGCGGGACCCAUACAAAGGAGGUUUUUUUCAUAGGGGGGCUCAUAUAAGGUCCUUCAAGGGAAUGCUUGACUUAAGGAACCAUAGGGCAGCCAUAUUGGAAGCACCAAUAGAGGGCUCAGGUCAGAGGGAACAUGGUCCCACAAGCCCCAGAUUCCCUGAAAACCCUGGGAUGAAUCAGAUUUAACAUCAAAAGAACCAUUAGUGUCCACCUGGCCCUAUGUUUCCCGGAAUUCAAGUGGAAAACAUCUGAAAGUGGCUUUCCCAUAUUGCAUUAUGGCAUGCAGAAAGCUUUAUUUUAAAGUCAUUAGAUCAGAAGUGUUUUCAGAAUUAGAACACUGAGGGUGGCCGCACCUGAUUCAGAGUGAUGUGUGUAUGUGUGUGUGUGUGUAUGUGAGAAUACUGUACAUUAAUGAUUAUUGUUACUGCACAAAAAACCUAGGGAGAGACCUUUGAUUUUAGCUGCAGAACAAAUCGCUCCAGCCUACUGCUCAACGGGAGGGAGAGUCUGAAAGUUGAUAAGCUAGUCCGACUCCUUUAUAACGAGAACGUGACGUCAGAGGAGAGUGUGGCUUACCUGGGCUCUUAUAAUUAGAAGCAUCCCCAGGCCUGGAGAAAAUUUGAACUUCUGGUCCUGGAUUGCAUUGUAUUGAGCCUGUUUCCGCUGCUCUGGUAGUUGAGACAGGAUAUGAGGAAGCCCUGGAUAUUAGAGCAAACCCAUGUCUGGAACUUGCCCUUUUCCCCAGGGAAUAAACUCAUCCACCCACGCUAAGGCAGGCAAGCACUCGGCCUCUCUGAGUGGGGCUUGCCGUUAUGACUCUGCAUCAACCCUGGGCACUACUGCUGUCUUGUCGAUAACAAGCAUCAGGCUUUGGAAAGCCUCCGUCCUCCCAGCCCUGGCCUCUUCAGGAAACUCCACAGGCCUCCAGAGAAGGGCUCAUUACUGAGAGGCGCCCAGAGGGAAGUCUGGGAGCUGGGAGGAAAAGACAACAGGACCCAGUAGGUUUCAGAACUGACAGGGAACAGGAUCAUCUAGUUUUAUUCUGAAUGUACAAAGGUAGGGCCCUGAAAGAGCUCAUACUUCCGAGGCAGAAAUGGGUACCAAAAUGAGAGAUCAGCAUGAUUUCCCAAGAUAGGAGAAUCCUCCUGCUGCCUAUGUGGGAGAAAGUGGGCGAGAGUCCAAACCAGGCCACCAGAGAUGGUUGAGAUAAAUGACAAAUCUGGUGGAAGUCAGACAUCAUGGCUCUAAAGAGAAUUCCCAAGAGAAACAAGUGUUUUCCAGGAGCUUAUCAAAUAAACCAAUGAAAAAGCUUUGCCAACGGUAAUAAAAGAUGCUCAUACUUUCAUAGCGCUUGCUACGUGACAAGUACUGCUGUAAAUAAAUGCCUCGUGAAAACCAA